AGCUUUACAGGCUCGCAGGAUUAGCUGCAAUGGGCCAGGGUUGUGUGAUAGCCUCACGGUGACGCAUGCAGCCAGCUGCUGUGAGAGUGGCCACGCUGAACUCAUGAAAUGCUCCCGGGGGCACGGGCUUCACCUGACUCAUCUUCCUUGUGCGCGAAAGCAUCGCUGCACAGUGUGUCAUGAAGUUAUUCCUAGAUCUGCCAGGCGGUACAUGUGCCGCCGGUGCAGCUACGACGUAUGUUUUGACUGCGGGAUGCACGACAAUUGUCUCAUUGACCGGUCAAAGGAUUCGCAGAAAACAUUGCGAUCUAUCUUCAAGGAGUAUGCACGAGAACGCCAAAGGAGUGUCGCUAUCAGCACCACCUAUGACAUUGUGUCGCCUGGUGACGGCCACAUGCGAAGGCACCAGCACAAGAGGGGCCUGGGAGUUGGCGAAGAUUGCAGAUACGCGAUUUUCAGCGACGCAGCGAUGAAUGUGGAUACAUAUCACUUGCCAGUCAUCGCAGAAAGAUCUGAAAGAAGCGAUGUUCAGGAAGAUGCUCUUGCGCUCGCACGACAAGUGGUGAGGCGGUGCAUGCAGCUGGUGGACGUUGUGGCUGUUGAAGUGGCUGCCGGCUUUGACUGCCUGGACCACGAGUGGGCGCCGGCUCGUCCGCAUGGCUCCUCGCAGCCAACAAAGAGCGGCUUCUUGACCAAGCAACCGCGACAUGGAACGGUUCUGUCAACGGCACAGAGGCGUUUCUUCGUGCUUUCCAGAGGCCUGCUCCAGUGGCACAAGGACGACUCAAAAGGUGGAGAGGCUUUGGGCGCCAUUCGCAUCGGCAGCAGCACCACGGUAACGCUCAGUCAGGAUUUGCAGAUCAGAACCUGCGAUUCUGAAUUGGUCCUGGUGCACCCAGAAGGUGCCGUCUUGAGCGAGUGGGCGGAUGCUCUCAGGAAGGAGGCGCAGCUGCCUGAAGAACAGUUCUUCGGGCCCCAUGCCUCUUUGUCCAGAUUCAAGGACCUGAGCAACACAGUUUGCGACGACUAUGAGCCGAGCAUGCUGUCAUGGAUUCUUGAAGGGAACGAUGCACCCCGGGGAUACGACACGCAGGUCGUCGGCCAGUAUGCCAACAAGAUCGAUACCUUGAUUCGGGCAGCCACUGACCUGCAGAGGGUGCAGCCAAUCGUCUCGGAGGUCGCUGCUCCAGUAAAGGUCUUCGGCGACAUUCAUGGACAGCUCCGAGACCUUUUACUGCUGUUCCACUUUUACGGCAGGCCAGAUGACGACGAAGAGGAAGGCGAUGACGAGCCAAUGUCCUACGUGUUCAACGGCGAUUGGGUGGACCGCGGCCGUCAUCAGAUGGAAGUGAUGCUCCUGAUUCUCUCUUUGAAGAUUACGCGCCCAAGGAAUGUUUGGCUCAACAGGGGCAAUCAUGAAGAUCGCCAACAGAACAUGAGAACCACUAAGAUAGGUAGCAUGGGCUUCGACCGCGCUUGCACAGAUGCGCUCGGAAUGGACGAGGGCAAGAGAAUUUUCGAAGGCUUCCAGUCCUUUUUCGAAUGGCUCCCGCUGGCUGCCCGCAUUGAGCAGAAAGUCUUGGUGCUUCAUGGUGGGCUGGGCCCUGGCGAUUGGUCAUUGGGGGAUUUGACGAUGGUGGAGCGACCACUGGUGUCCAAAGAGCUCCACUAUGCUCUUGAUGGCGUUGUGUACAACAUCCUUUGGUCGGACCCUCUCUCACACAAGCCGGAGAAUCGCAAAGAUCCGCUGAAGAGUUUCGGCGUGCACGACAGCCCUCGGGACAAGCACUGGCAAGUCAUGAAGAACUUUGGGCGUGAUGUGACGCAGAAGUUCUGCAAGGCAGAGGGCCUGGAACUUGUGAUUCGAUCUCACCAAUUCACCAACACGUGCAAGGGCUAUGAGCUAAUGCAUGAUGGCCAUUUGUUACGGGUGUUCUCCGCCAGAAACUACAUGGGGAGUGUACCCAACGAUGGUGGCAUGCUCUUGAUUGGUUACGGGGAGGAUUCGCACGGAGUGGUGUCGCUGGUUGUGCGGCCACGCAGCGUUGAACGACUAACAGGAGCCAGAGGCAGACGAACAGAUGCACACAGCAAUAUGCCAGGCUCCAUCUUAAGCUAUGAGCCAUACUGCCCCCGGAAGCACUUGAUGCUGCUCAUCAAGCCGGAGCAGGUGAGAUGCUUUGGCUGGACGCAUCGGGACACUGAUGACUUCCGAUCCUGCACGGAGUGUGGCCAAGAUGACAUCCAGGACGACUGCUUCUUCACAUGCCGUGGGUGUGGUGAUUACGACAUUUGUAUCGACUGCGCUGGGCGCUUGUCACGCGGCCUGCAGGCCUUGCCAGCGUUCACUCCACCAUCCCGGUCAGGAGAUUCUGUAGACAGCUUUCCGGAAAGUGACUCCAUUUCAGACGAGUCAGAUGUGAGAGAUGAGUCAGGUGUGAGGGCGGCGCCGGACGCUUCAAUCUAGUGUACAAAUGCGCAUGUGAGAAUUCCUGUGCGAGUUGGACUCCGUCUCUGCUAGGCCUCAUCCCCGCUUGGCACCUUUUUUUGAGCUGUUG